AUGGCCCGUGGCGAAGGCAAAGGUGAAAGUGUGGCCAGAUUGUCAAAUCAAAUCGCCUGCAUCAAGUACACGCUGUUCUGUUUCAACAUCGUGGCAUGGAUUGUUGGUGCUGGACUCUUUGCGUUUACCAUUUUCAUUCGCGCAGAGCCCGGAUUCGAUGAAUGGAUCGCCAUUUUGGAGGUAUAUGAGUAUUACAUCGGAGUGUACAUUCUGAUCGCAGCUGGGGCAUUGGUUAUGAUAUUCUCCUUCCUUGGCUGCUGUUCAGCGCUGAUGGAGCAUUCGUCUGCAUUGUAUCUGUUCAUCGGAACGCAAGUGUUCUUGUUUAUACUUACCGUCAUCGGUUCUGCCAUCCUGCUCGAUUACUCGACGAUGAACUCCAGCAUUCAGCCACUGAUUCGUCAAACGAUGCUGCGCUUCAUCAUCACCUCCGAACAUCCUCACUCGUCAGCCGCACUGAAGCUGAUCCAAGAGAGUAUUGGGUGCUGUGGAGCGGACGGACCAAACGAUUACAUGGUGAUGCGUCAACCGUUGCCAUUGGAGUGUCGCGAUACGGUUACCGGUAAUGCAUUUUUCAACGGAUGUGUCAAUGAGCUGACCUGGUUCCUGGAGGAUAAAUCCAUCUGGGCCGCCAUCAUGGCAAUGAUACUGGCUGCCGUUCAUACGUGCAAUGCUGUGCUGGGCAUUGUGCUGGUUCAAGCGCUGAGACGCGAGGAGGAAGCAAUGAACCGUCGCUAA